UAAACUUCAAAGUCGUAAUCUCGGGUCUUAAAUCGAAUUCAAAAUCAACUUGAAAAGCGCUUGCAUAUGCUCCUUGCUUCAAAGGCAUUUCAAAGACCUUUUUCAAAGACCAUGUGAAACUUUCUAACAACCAUUCUAGCAACAAGUUUUUAGUUCAGACUUGAACUCGUACAGACAAAAAGCUCAAUCGUUGAAAAAAAAGACAUUCGAGUCGCAACAGGAAAUUAGUUACCUUUGCUCUAAUCUUUGACCAAAUGUGACGGAUCUCUAUACAUUGAGAAAUAAAGUGUUGGUUGUGAAAUCGCAAGUAAAUUUCCCAAAUAAUUUCAAAGAAACGGCAAGACAAUCUCUAAUAAUCUAAAGUUUUUUUUGUGUUGUUACAAAGGUGCACCCAUCAAAUAUAAUGUUACACAUUAUUCAUAGAUUCAGUAGAAAGUCAUUAAAUGGCUGGCGUUUAGCUGUUGUUUUGUUAGUUUGCAUGUUUUCGUGCCUGUAUGACGUCCUUCAGUGUAACCGUGUUCAUGGGUAGCACAUGCAAUCAGUUACGCAUGUGUUAUUUUGGUGUUCGUGGUAUGAGGUCUGUAAUUUGGACCUGAAGACCCUGAUGACCUAGUGAGACCCAUCUGUGUUACCAGGUGACCAUCUGCUCCAUAAUGUCAUAGAACUGCGGGACCAGUGCCGCUGCAUUACAAUAUAAUAUGGAAAAAUGCUCAUCAAGGAUCAGUAAUGAAUGCUAAUGACAGUGUUGAAAUCAGAGGGCUGGUUACUUCAUGUGUGUUUACUGAACUUAUUUAUAGCAGCAAUUCAAUUACAGGCUUAUUACAAUGUAAGACCAUGCAAUGAGAAUCAUUGAUGUACAAAUAUUCAAAGUAGAUUUGUAUCUUGAUACGCAUAUUUCGACAAUGUCGAUCAUGUUCAUUAAACCAGAUGAUUUAAUUUUUAAAUGGUUUACAGUAAUCAUUUUUCAUAUCGACCCUGUGGGAAGUCAGUGGAAGAUUGCUGAACCUCAGCACUUUACAGUCACUUCUAAGUCAUAUGAGAAUAUGAGUCACGUUAUAUAAUAUAUGAUCUGUUAUUUGCAUACCAAAUCAUUUGAAUCUAUUGAUUUUGCUCAUUAUUCAGCUUCAAUAACUGCAGCUUGCACUGUUGUGAUGUAAUUGAGCUCGACAGAAAAAUGUUCUCCGUUUUACCAGAUCUAUUUUUAGAAUGACCACCCCUUUUUUUAACCAAGGUAAAUAAGUGCGUGAUACUGAAAGUGCAGAUGGAAAGUUUUCGGCAAAGCACACAAGUGGUUUGUCAGCAUCCUUCCUCCUCUUGUUCGAAGUGUGACAAAAGAAAGCCAUGGCAUGAUCAAACUAUUGUGGUUCCCAUCCGCACCGUGUGCCUGAGAAGUCUAGAGCAGUCGGCUAUGGGCAGUCGGCCCAGUAAAGACCGGCGUGGAUCCCGCUCGCAUGCUGUUCUCUUGGACACGGAGCAAAGCACUGACCCGCUGACCACGGACGGCGGUAGGUUCGUGGUGGUGUCCCUGUACGACUACCCGUCCAGAGGGCCCGGGGACUGCACUAUCAGAGUGGGAGAGAGGCUCAACAUUUUGUCAGAUGAGGGCGAGUGGUGGAAAGUCAGUUCAUCAGCCACGGGAAACGAGAGCUACAUCCCCAGCAACUACACCGCUAAAGUGUACAACAGGUGGCAGUUUGUGGGUCUCAGCAAGCAGAAAGCAGAGGAACUGCUGAUGCUCCCUCAUAAUCAGCCCGGAUCCUUCCUUAUCAGAGAGAGCGAGACCUACCCAGGUAACCACACUCUGUCAGUGCGUAGGAGCAGCUCGCAUGAACGUGCUUCUGUCAAACACUACCGCAUCAGCUGCAUCGACAACGGCUGGGUCUACAUCUCUCCUGGACUCACCUUCAGAACCCUCUCGGACCUGAUCACACACUAUUCAGUAUCGGACGGGCUGUGCUGUAUUCUGGGGGAGCCAUGCUACAUCGUUGGAUCCAACAACGUUCCCGUGGUAACCGGCCCGCCUCCGGUGGCCGUAAAGAGGCCUACUAUAAACUGGAAAGACGUUGACAGCGCCAUGAUCUUCGGGCAGAGAAAAGAGGGGGCAGAGGACUCUGUAGUGAGCGAAGGCCUGAAGGAAGCCAUCAACUCGUACCUCUACAUGACAGAGGAAUGUGAGGACUGCAGUCAGAUCUGGGACACAUGAUUGGAAAACUACGAUGAAACUUGGAAGACGAGCGUUUGAACGACUUUGGGCUCUUGAUGCUGACACGAUGCGGGCUAAAACACUUUAACAAAACUCAUUUUCCGUGACCCAGAUGGGGAAAAUUGCCCAAAACGUCUUUUUUUUUGUUCUUUUUUUAUUCGUUAAUUUCUGAGUAAAAAGUGUUUGAGCGAAAGCGGCGUCGAACGAGGUGCCAGGAUGCACGCACUGACUCAUUGCUCUUCUUCCAGAGUGGGUGCUGGAGAGAAAGAUGUCACUAUUUCCUGUGUGGACAUGCUCCUGGCGGACAUGAAAGAACGACAGCGGAGUGCGUGAGUGGGAGGGGGAACACAGCUGGGUGGUGUACGUAUCCAUUUCCACUCACACGUUCUGGAACUUUCAGCGGUGUGAUCACCAUCAGAAAAUCAAAACUUCAGAGCAGCUUUACUGAUGCUACCAGGGAGUUUAAGGGUUUUUGUGUUUUUUUUUUUUGGUUAAAUGCAGAACAAAAUACGUAUUUAUGACUUUGAAAAUAUUCUAAUGCAAAUGUAUACUGUUGCUUAAAGGUAAAAGAGCCAAAAAUUAAAACUCAUUUUGAACCUG